AUUGUAAAAUUGAAGAGAACCCACAAUGAUGAAAACUUCAAAAAUGUUGUCAACAACACCUUAGCUAUAAUGAUGAAAACAACAAGCUUUAAGAUUAUGUGCACCAUUUUGUACGCUUGUCACGUUUGGUCUCAGAGAAUUGACAUCAAGUCGUUUGAUCAAACCUUGAGCGUCACCAGCUGCAGACGUGGACUACGUCACGAUAUCGACCGUGUGGUGAUGGUUGCAGACGUAGACUUCCCGCCUCAGGGUGACACGUGGUAUCGGGUUGUUCAGUUUCAAAUCAAACCGUUGGGGGCGGAUGAUAGUAGCUACACACACCUGUGCGGUGUAGACCUGAGAGAAGGGUGCAGCGGUUCGGUGCCAGACCUAUGCUACUGCAGCUCGGCAAGCGGCAACGUCAGCUACCGUGCCGUGAUCAACAUGACGGCUAGGGCUGCCUACAGUGGGGCGACGGUCCGAGGGGUCAUGAGGUUGCACAACAACAGUGCUUUCUAUCAGCCUGGGGAGAAGCGUCUUCCGGCAAUAUUCGAUCUUUCCUCUGUAAAGCUGCAGUUAAACAACGAAAGUUGGACUUCCGGUAAAAAGAUGGAGAUAAGCUCAAAUCAGAGUAUAAUUUCAUUCUGCUGUUUUAAUUCGCCUGAUCCUUGCACAGUCAAAAUAAAACAUGGGGUUAGCGUUCUUACUUCAGGCGUUAACUGCACGGAGCUGAAUCUCAAAACAAAACUAAACAGAACAACAACCUUGAGUUUACAGAUAGAUGUGUGUGGCUACCUGAAAUCUACAGGCAGUUACGUUUAUAUUUAUGAAUACGUUGAAACACCGAAGAAAGAAGAAGAGAAAUUCGGAACUCCAUUCAUCAUUUCUCUGUCUGUUGCUUCAGGACUUUUACUGGUUUUCUUAUCUGCGGCGUUUAUUCAGCUCUGUGUGAAAAUGAGGCACAGAGCGAGACGACUAAAUCAACGCAAGGACCUGCCUGCCAUCUACAACAGCCUCGAUGACCUACAUAUUUACCACGAAGUCCAGAACGAGGGCUACAGGAGGGUGGCAAACGAGAACGAGGCUGCCGGCCCACAAGACAUGAGUACUGUUGACCAGCACUGUGAUGGGUAUAUCACACCAUUAGAUCUACUACAGCGGUCUACAAGUAGUCCGGAAAGUUCUGAAAAUUCGCUUUCUGGAUAUACGACUAUAGAUUGACACAAUCUAGAUUUGUAUCACGAUAAACUUGU